CUGGAUGAUGGAAGGGUUUCCAGUUCAUCGCGGAGAUGUUUUUCACGCCAUUAAUCGAUUGAGGAAGCUCGAGAUGAACAAACGAGCCCUUGAGGUUGAAAUUCUCGCUUGCUUUCUCUCUUCAUCUUUGUGUGCUCGAUUCUUACCAUAGAUGAGGCAUUUGUGGUUUAUGUAUUGCUCACUUGUGCUCUGCUUGAGAUUUGCCGGCUUUGUCCACUUGGAUUUGUCCUGCACUAAUUUACCACCGUUCAUCCGUCAUUCUUGAUUAGCUUUAUCCUGGUUCCGAUAAUCCGAUGUGUCACAUUUCUAAUGAUUUCAUUGUUUGAAGAACUUUGCUCGACAAACGGAUUGUAAAUCUCAUUGCUCGUAACUGUCAUGGGUAGAUCGGUUGAUCAAUGUGACUUUGCCUUUGCUUAUCAAAGCAGCAGACAAACUUUUAAGGUGAUGGAAUGGAUAAUCAGGGAAAGACCGUACCGGCUAAACGAACUAGAAUACUCUUACUUGCUGGAAUUCACAAUCAAGCUCCAUGGCAUCUCGCAAGGUGAAAAGCUCUUUUGCCGCGUUCCCAUAGAGUUCCAGAACGAGUUGCUUUACAACAACCUUGUAAUUGCUUGCUUAGACAAAAGCGUCAUAAGGCUUUCCCUCGAGUAUAUGAAGAAAAUGAGGGAAUUGGGUUAUCGGAUAUCUUAUCUGAUCUUCAACCGACUUAUAAUUCUCAACUCCAGCCCUGGCCGGAGAAAGCUCAUCCCGAAAAUCCUCAUGCAGAUGAAGGCCGACAAGGUAACUCCUCAUGUCUCCACAUAUAACAUCUUGAUGAAGCUCGAGGCUAAUCAACAUAACAUCGACGGGUUGGUAAAGGCUUUCAAUGAUAUGAAGAAAGCUCAAGUUGAACCAAAUGAGGUGUGUUACUGUGUCUUGGCCAUGGCACAUGCUGUUGCAAGAUUGUAUACUGUUGCUGAAGCUUACACUGAGGCAGUCGAGAAAUCUAUGGUGGGGAAUAAUUGGUCAACCUUGGAUGUAUUGAUCAUCUUGUAUGGGCAUUUGGGAAAAGAGAGAGAGCUCGAAAGAACAUGGACCAUCGUAAAAGAACUCCCGAAGGUCAGGCCCAAGAGUUACUUGCUGGCAACAGAAGCAUUUGGCCGAGUGGGGAAUCUUCAUAGAGCUGAAGAACUCUGGUUAGAAAUGAAGAACUCAAAAGGGCUCAUGGAAACUGAGCAAUUCAAUUCUCUACUGGCAGUUUACUGCAAGCAUGGUCUGAUUGACAAAGCAUCUGGUGUAUUUCGGGAAAUAAUGGGAAACGGAUUGAAGCCUAACUCCAUAACAUUUAGGCAUCUAGCUCUGGGCUGUGCUAAAGCCAAUUUGAUGAUGGAAGCACUGAAGACACUAGAAAUGUGUUCAAACCUCACGACGAGCAAAAGGGUCAGAAACUCUACUCCGUGGCUAGAGACAACACUAUCGAUCAUUGAGUGUUUUGCGGAGAAGGGAGAUGUGGAUAACACCGAGAAGUUGUUUGAAGAGCUGAACAAUGCAAAGUACAAUAGGUAUGCGUUUGUUUAUAACGCUCUGAUAAAGGCUUAUGUGAAGGCCAAGAGGUAUGAUCCUAAUCUUUUGAAGAGAAUGGUACUUGGGGGAGCUCGGCCUGAUGCUGAGACAUACAGCUUAUUGAAACUUCUUGAGCAGUUUAAAACCUGACUCGGGUAUUGGUCA